UUACAUUUAAUGAGGAUUUUGCGAAACAGGUACAUAGGAGUUGCAUUAUUAAACGAUUUUUGGAAAACUAACUAUGGAUAGUGUUGGAAAUCAAACCAAGGCGAAGGAAUCUUCAUACAGAAAAGAUGUUUCCGACCCAAACAGCGAAACUUCCCUCAUUUUUUCAGUUAAAGAGGAAGUUGGAUCUCUUGCAGAUGCGUUAAAAAUAUUCAAAAAACAUGGCAUAAACUUGACAUUUAUUGAGUCAAGAGUAUCUCAAGGAAAAGAUGAUGGGUAUGAGUUUGUAAUCACCUGCCAAAAUACAAACGAACAAGUGUCUGAUGUCGUAAACGACCUAAAAACUGAACUUGGUUCAGCUGUUCUUAUUCUAAGCAGGGAUAAAGAAAAGAAGGACGCAAUCGCAUCGUGUGGUUCUCCUUCAGCACCUUGGUUUCCACGUCAUAUUGAAGAUUUGGAUCAAUUUGCAAACCAGAGGGUUUAAGGAUCAAGUAUACAGAGCAAGAAGAAAGGAAUUCGCAGACAUUGCAUUUAACUACAGACAUGGCCAGCCAAUACCUCGAGUUACCUACACUGAAGAAGAAAGAAAAACUUGGGGGACAAUUUUCAACAAGCUGACAAACUUAUUUCCAACUCAUGCGUGUCGUGAGUUCAAUCGCGUGUUCCCCCUGCUACAGGAAAACUGUGGCUACACCGCUGAUAGCAUUCCACAACUUGAAGAUAUUUCACAAUUUCUGCAAAAAACCACCGGUUUUCGGCUCCGACCUGUGGCUGGCCUUCUAUCAUCUCGUGAUUUCCUGGCUGGACUGGCUUUCCGUGUCUUUCAUUCGACACAGUACAUACGACAUCCUUCCAUGCCUUUAUAUACCCCGGAACCAGAUGUUUGCCACGAGUUAAUAGGUCACGUGCCGCUAUUUAGUGAUCCGGCAUUUGCUCAAUUCUCACAAGAAAUAGGUCUUGCAUCACUCGGAGCUCCAGAUGAAUGGAUUGAAAAGUUGGCCACGUGUUAUUGGUUUACUGUAGAGUUUGGUCUCUGUCGACAAGAGGGGGAAUUAAAAGCGUAUGGGGCAGGUCUUCUAUCUUCAUUUGGAGAACUUCAGUAUUGCUUGAGUGAUAAACCCAAGGUUCAAGAAUUUGAUCCGAUAAAAACAGGAGAGCAGAAAUACCCAAUCACGGAAUACCAGCCAAUAUACUUCGCAACUGAGAGCUUUGAAUCUGCAAAGAGUAAAAUGCAAGCUUUGUGUGAAUUGAUCCCACGCCCUUUCUCUGUGAGGUACAACCCAUACACCUUAUCAGUUGAAGUGUUGGACACAAAGGACAAGUUACUGCAAUUUGCUCAUCAAAUGCAAGGUGAUUUUAGCAUUUUAAAAGAUGCUUUAAACAGAAUUCUGUAAAGGUAUAACAAACUGUGUGUGCAAUGUAAAAAUAUGCUUGUAGAUUUUCGCUUGUCCUAUAUCAGGAAAGUGGUGUUCGUAAAUGCUGGUUUCGUGAUUGUUUCUUUAUCCCGCAAUUGUUGUCAUUAUAAGACCUGCUGUUAAUCUGUGUUUUUAGUAGCGCUUUGUGUGUUUUACUAUGCCAAUAUAAAACGUUUGUAUUUG